CCCACAUUUCCUGUCUACUGCACAGGAGUUUGAUGCUCUGCUUGGGGCAGUCUGUAGCUAAGCUAGGCAUCCCUUACAUAUGAAGCAGACACAAACUGUUGUAAAUUCAGCAAAGCUAUAUCAUGAUUCUGACAAGGCUGCUUUUUUUGGUCCUGUGUGGAAUCCUUCUGUCUCACACAUUUGCUUCUGACCAGCUGAGUGAAGAGAUUCCUUUGACAGAAAAUGAAGCACAGUCUGAAAAACGUGCAACUGAAGAAAAUGAGACCGACCCAAGUCCAAAGGAGGAAAAAAUCAUUCCAAUACAGGUCCCUCCAAAAGAGGUUCAUCCUGCAGACAAAGACAAAAAGUAUUUUCCUACUACUGUGCCAAGCAGUAUGCUGAUGACCGAAGCAAAUGGAAACUUUACAGAAGAGGAGAAGGAAGAGGAGAAAGCUCCUCCAGAAGAACAGGAAGUGGAGGAAGAAGCUACAUCCCAGCAUGAAGAAGAAAUUACAUCACCGCAUGAAGAAGAAGCUACAUCAUGGCAUGAAGAAGAAGCUACAACAUGGCAUGAAGAAGAAGGAGUUUCAACUCUUCCAGAUCAAAUUGCUCCUACAACAGCACUGGAUGACUUUUCCUAUAUCUUCAAUAGGUUGUCUGAACUGGAUAUGGCACUUUAUCGGCUAAAUCUUCGGUACCAUGAUUUGGAAUACAAAACAUCACAGAACAUGGUGAAACUGCAGGAUAAACUGAAUCGGGUACUGGAUUCUAUGGAACAACACUCUGCAAGGACUACAAAGAAUCAAAGAGAGAUAGGACGUAUUGCAGGUUGCCUAAAGGGGAAGAGAGUGGGCAGAAAGUGUUUCCAUGUAUUUCAUCAGUUUGAGACCUAUGACACAGCACAGAAUUUCUGUCAUAACAGUGGUGGUAACCUAGCCAUGCCCAAGACAGAGGAAGAGUAUGCAGUUCUGGCACGGUAUGCUAGAGAUGCUUUUUACCCAGGAAACUGGCCUAUUUGGAUUGGUAUACAUGAUCUGCGUGAUGAAGGUCUCUACAUGUACCAAGAUGGCUACCUUGUCUCCUUCUUCAAAUGGUAUAAGGACUUCCUUGUGAGCCAGCCUAAUGGUGGGAAACAUGAAAAUUGUGUGGCCAUCUCUUCAGAUGAUGGAAAGUGGUGGGACAAUGACUGUGCCCGUAGGAUGUAUUACAUGUGUGAAUAUGAAUUUUAGGCUUUGGAAACAGCAGCAGAGGAGAAAGUCAGACUGUAGACUAGUACCAUCAAUGCAGUUCUUAAGAAAGUUAAAAGGGAGCAGGUGUAGCUUGUAGUGACUAUACACGUAGUAAGAGAAACUACAGUUAUAAUGCAAUAGGCUGUGCAUAAAAUCAAUAAUGUUUUUGUUUUGCUUUAACAAAGUUUGUAAUUAAUUAGAAUGAUGUUACCGUAGUAAUUUCUGUCUUAAUGUUUAAUAACAGUGAACUUUGCCAAAGAAGUCAAGCAUUUUAUAAUUGAGGAAGGAGCAUUUUUGAAAAAAAAAAAAAAUGAAACACUAUGUGCGCUACCUUUAUGGGCAGUUAGUCUGAGCAGACUGUUACUCAGAAGCCAAGACUCAUGCUGCGCAACACAGCACAAUAAACCACUUAUAAGAUAUACGCCCUGCUAAUGCCAUGUGGCUUCAUUUAUAGAUUCUCUUCUGUAUCCAUGACAUGAGCACUGCAUAUCUUUACAAGGAUUUACCAUUUUAAAGUACACUGUUACUUGAAGAGUAAAAGUGCAUUUUUUUCAGAAGGGGAGGUGCAUGUACAUAUGCAUAUGCAUGGUUGAUGGAGAUGGAGAUCAUUCAUUGGCCUAAUAGUGUUCAGGAAUAUAACCUUUGUAAAAAACAAAUUCUAGACUCCCAUGUUUGACAAAAAUGUAUGAUUUGGACUGGACACAAUUACAGAAAGAACCAUCAAUUGAAUGUUUUUCUGUAUGCAGUAAAAACUUCAAAAUUGGGAUGUAAUAAUGCUCAGUGUUUUGUUUUGACCCUGAUUACAGCACCCCCCCCUCAACACACACACACACACACACCCAUACACACACACACACACAAGGACUGGAGGCUGUUGACAGAACCAUCUUAGAGGAGCAGCAGCUGGGGGAAUAUCCAGUCAUGUGGCUGCAUUGCAUUGAGGCCUAGGGAGCACCAACUAUGAGUCUGCCAACAUGUGAGCAGAGUAAACUUGAGUAUGGAAGUGUGCAGUCACACAAGACAUGGCAUUGGAGCAAGAUAGUAUGCUUGCAAGCCAAAAGAGGGAAAAAGUAAGACAUAUAAAGGAAAUCAAAACAAACAAACAAAAAUCCAUAACAAUAAAUAAAUAAAUAAAUAAAUAAUCCCCUACAAUCCUGGCUGCAAUCUUUGGCUCUCACCUUCCUAUAGACAGUUUCUGAUGCUAUGGGAUGGCAGAAUGAAUAGGCUGAAAUAAAGAGGAACAACACUUGAUGUUCAAAAGAUGGGCAAUGCAAUGAAAUCUGACUGCUUUGAAAUCGUAAUGUGACCCUUAUUAAAUUAGUACCAUUGUUUUUUUGGGGGCAGAUGAUUCCCCGUUUGGGAGGCUUUACCUAUGCACUUCCUCUUAUCUAAGGACAAAGCACCUUGUGAAUCUAUAGGCAUUUGAGGGACUGGAACAUUAGAACAGUGGUAUUCUGUUUAAGUGAUCAAGAUUAUGACUGGUAAUCAAAAGCCUUUUAAUCCACAUUUACAUUUUGUAUCUAUAUUUAUUUAAUGGUAGUCAAGACAGGAAUUUUGAAGCAGUCAGGUCAAAACUGGAUUUAAUAAAAGCUACCGGCUAAAUGAGAAGGCCAUACAAUGAAUGAUUAUGGUACUGUUGACUACAAAGUUAAUAAUAAUAUUAAGGGUGAGAGAGUAUGUUUGUCGCCUUAUUUAUCCACUUGAAUUAUUCACAGUUUACAUUAUAGUUGAUGCAGCAGGCUACAUGACCACUGUGGGGUGGAAGAAGUUUGGGUUUAUAAUUAAUCAUCAUUACUGACAGGUACAAAAUAUUGUCUGUAGAAGUCCUAUUCCCAAAUGGGAGGUCCUUUCAAAACAUACAUGAAGAAUCAUGGGAAAGAAUGGGAUUUAAACAUGGUGGCAUCUGCAGAAAAGUGACAGCCAACGUUUUGACGUUUUUUAGCAAAUGACAUCCCCUUCACAACCAUUUGCAGACAGAACUGUGUUUUGUGAACUUGAGAAGUCAAAGUAGUGAUGAAAGAUCAUUUAGGGUCUACAUUUUGACAACACUAACAUUUGUGAUUAAUUCUUGGCUGUUUUAGGUAAAUGCCACUUAAUGCCAAGCCUUUUGGAUUGUAGUAUCAAUAGGAGUCACCCUGUAAACUAAUAAAUAUAACAGACAUAUGCUUAAUAUCUGUUUAUUUUAUUCAAAAAUACUUAACCACUUAAAGAUGGCAUGGAAGAGUAUACUGUUACCAUGCUUAAACAGUGGAAAUGCUCAUUUGCAAGAUUUACAGUGAGGCAGAGGUACUGCAGAAGAAAUAUAGGGUCCCUCAUUGUUAUGCUGAUAACCCAGAGAAGACUCAACUUGCUUUGAAGGGGCUAAAUGAAGAAGGUAUAGCAUGCAUCCAACUUGUACUUUACUGUACCCAGGAGGUGCAGCAAGCAUUCCUAUAAUGCUCACAGAUUUCACUAAUGAAGAGCAAAAUGGCAAGUCUGAAAAUGGCACAUUCUGCAUCCAGAUGAGCAGCAGCAUGUAUAUUUACAGAAAAUCAGAAUGCGACAACAACUAUGAAUUGCCUAGUUCCAUUAUUUGGCCUAUAAUAUAGGCACAAAAGUCCGUGGUACUGGACACCACUGUUCCAGGUGAAAAAUUAAUAAAAUAUCACAUGAACUGUAUCACGCCUUACAAGUGGCUUUGCAAACUCAGUCUUUUACACCUAAUAAUCUGUGUAGUGCACAUAGUACAACUAUUUUACUCUGAAUUCAGGAAAAAGAAAACUCUGUUAAGCACUUCUCUCAUGUAAGAAUGGUUCUUUCAGUGGUGUUAAGCUCUAGUCUCCUGGUAGAGAAUAACAGCAACCAAUUCUUGUUGCCAAAGAACAGCAUUCGAAGCAUUUUCACACUGUUAAAAACUGUAAGACAUUUCUUUGUUUUCUUUUCUCACACUGUCUCUCUCUCUCACACUCGGACUAACACACACACACACACACACACACACACACACACACACACACACACACACACACAAAAUAAAAGUGUGGCUUCUAAAGCCAUUCAUUUGUCAGUUAGACACACUGCUUCUUCUCACUGUCUGUGUGUCAGUGCUAAGUGUUUUACUGCUUUCAAAGCCAUAAGGCAGUUUGUGCUCUUAACAGUUUUUGUUUUCUAUAACAGGUAAGGCUUCGUUUACUACAAAGAAGUAUGAUUAGGUCUUUCUGAUCAUAACUUGACUAUUAUAUGUUCUUUACAUGGAUAUCAAGAAUCAGCUGUUGUGCUUUAUGAUGCUGUGCUCUAGAGGUGAAUUUCUUAACGUGAUUUCUCAGAAGUUGCUGAUAUCCAUGACUCUAAGAUAUAACAACUUGAUUAUGACUGCAGUCCCAGUCAUGUGGUUUGCUCAUGGUGCACAAUUCAGUGAUACAACCAAUAUGCCACAGUCCAAGUUUUGUGUUGGGAGGUGUCUAAAAGGGGUAUUUUAAUGUAAUUUUUACAAAAUGCUUCUGCUAUGUUGGUGCAAAGUAUUGAUUUUAAUAAAUCUGAGUAUCAAACUUUUUCCAUUCA